GUGUCCGACCGGCUCGCGCCCACGGCCGGGGCGCUGCAGAAGACCCUGCGCAUAGGCAAGGCCCUGUCGACGAGGACGAUGCACCGCGUCAGGGCGGACCUCGCCGUGGACCUGCUAAAGGAACUUGGCGACGACGCCGUGGAGGCGAGGGUCCGGAGCUUCCGGCUGCACCGCGCCGUGCCCCGGGAGCUGCUGGCCAGAGAGGCCCUGGAGCGCCACGUCGCGCAGGCUAUCUCCACCAAGGUGGGCGAGAUGGCGUCUAGGAGAUGGCGAAAGAGUCAUCUGACCGACUCGCACGGUGCGGACAGGACAAGUCGAGCAAGAUGCGGGCCAGGUACGACGCUCCGCGCCCUGCACAAGGCAGGCACGGUGCGGACAAGGCCGCCACGCCGAGGUCCGCGGCCGGCUGGCUCCGCGCGUGAGCGCGCGCGGGGGCCGCCGCGCCGCGCCUAG